UGCUUGUGUAGGCUUAAGUGCCAAGAGCGCCUUUUUAUGUUGGAUUGGAUUGGCAUGUCUUUCGUUGGAUAGAUUCUUGAGCUUAUUUAUUACUCCAUUUUUAUUUUUAUUUUAUUUUUAUCAGAUAGUUAUUACUCCACUUUUCUCUCUGAUUCUUAACUUCUUUCAUUACAUCACUUCCUCACUUUAGCUUUCUCUCUCUUUCUUCCUCUCAUCUCUUUGUAUUUCUGCUUGCCAUUGGCAUGUAUGUCUCUAGUUUUAUAAUAUAAGAAAUUUCUUAUAUAUUAUAUUUAAUUCUCUUUUCCACCUCUAUUUUCAGGAAUCCUAUCUGGGAUUUUGUUCUAAUAUUGAGCUCUGCAGCUGUGAUUUCUUUACUUUAUUCAAUAAUCCUGUUUUCCUUUUUAUUUUCUCAGUUUCCGUAAUCAGGUUUGACAUGGGUUUGCUUCCUUUGCAAUUUCUGAUGUGAAAAUUUAGCUCUAAGUCUCAGUUGCUUUCUUCUUCUGCUAGUUCUUGGAUCAGCUCAUCUCUCUUUUUUAGUUGCUUCAACUCUUCCUAUUUUCAUAGUUAGAUUUGAGUUCCCAAUUCCUGCUCUUUGGUAUUAGGGAUUCCCUACAUUUGGUUUUAGAGCAAAAAAAAAAGGGGGAAAAAAAAACAAAAAGAAAGAAAGAUUCCCUUUUUAAUUUCUUGUUCCGUGUCUCUUAAAUCUGUGGUCUAAAACCCAUCCAUACAAGUCCUGGUUUAAGAUUCCAGUAAGUUUCAGUGGGAUAUAUUGUGUAGAAGCUGGCUGGCAGAUUUGAAGAAGAUAAAUAUGGGAUUGUUCUGUGUGGUUUUUGCAUUAAUAUCAUUACUUUCAGUCGUGAGUACAGUGAGUGGAAUAGGUGCCAACUGGGGCACACAAGCAACCCACCCACUGCCCCCAGAUACUGUGGUGAGGCUACUGAGGGACAAUGGAAUCCAAAAAGUUAAGCUUUUUGAUGCAGAUUAUGAUACACUGAGAGCACUUGGUAAAUCUAAUAUUGAGGUCAUGGUGGGAAUCCCAAAUGACAUGCUUUUAUCUCUGGCUACCAGUAUGAAGGCUGCUGAGAAAUGGGUUUCCAAAAACGUCUCCACACAUAUCUCCACUAAUAAUGUCAAUAUCAGAUAUGUUGCAGUUGGAAAUGAACCUUUCUUGGAAACAUACAAUGGAAGCUUUCUUAAAACAACUUUCCCAGCACUCCAGAAUGUCCAGUCUGCCCUUGUAAAGGCUGGGCUGAGCAACCAAGUAAGGGUGACUGUUCCCCUGAAUGCUGAUGUCUAUGCGAGUUCAACUGGCCUUCCAUCUGGUGGUGACUUUCGAGCUGAUAUCCAUGAUCUCAUGAUUACCAUUGUUAAGUUCUUGAGUGACAGUGGUUCCCCCUUUACUGUGAAUAUCUAUCCUUUCAUAAGCCUUUAUUCUGAUUCAAACUUUCCAGUGGAGUAUGCUUUCUUUGAUGGCAAUGCGACUCCUUUGAAUGAUGGUGGGACAUCCUACUACAACAUGUUUGAUGCUAAUUACGAUACUCUUGUGUAUGCCUUGCAAAAGAAUGGAUUUGCUAACUUGCCUAUCAUUGUUGGAGAGAUUGGGUGGCCUACUGAUGGAGAUAGGAAUGCUAACAUAUUUUAUGCUCAGCGAUUCAACCAAGGUUUUAUGUCACAUAUUUCAGGCGGGAAAGGAACCCCAAUGAGGCCUGGACCUAUUGAUGCAUAUUUAUUUAGUUUGAUUGAUGAGGAUGCUAAGAGCAUUGAUCCGGGGAACUUCGAACGUCACUGGGGGAUAUUUACAUAUGAUGGCAGAGCCAAGUACUCCCUUAACCUUGGUACCACAAAUUCAGGAGUUUUAAUUGAAGCGAAAAAUGUCCAUUACCUGGAGCGCAAGUGGUGUGUGAUGAAGUCAUCAGCAAAGAUUGAUGACCCAAAUGUAGCACCUAGUGUGAGCUAUGCUUGCGGACUUGCUGACUGUACCAGCCUUGGUUAUGGGACUUCCUGUGGAGGUCUGGAUGCUAGGGGAAACAUUUCAUAUGCAUUGAACAGUUACUAUCAGAUUCAGAAUCAACUUGACAGUGCAUGCAAGUUUGAAAACAUUUCAACAAUCACCAAAAAUGAUCCAUCAACUGGAACUUGCAGAUUUGAGAUAAUGAUUGAGCCGUAUUAUGGAGGUGCAGAACAUACAGUAGGAUGCUCUCGAAAGGCAUUGGGUUUGGCUGCGGGUCUUAUUCUGCUUUUGAUAUCAAUUUUAUAAAUUUCAAGGCUCCUAAUUUUGAGAGGUACGAUUUUUCAUCAAACAUGGUGAAAUGAUAGCUAAGAAAAUUUCGGAAAUAAUGUGAAUGUGGUUGAAAUUUUUUUAGCAAUCCAGAAACCAGGUUAUAUUUUUCA